CAGGCUUGAGCCACCGCGCCCGGCCCAGAUUCUUGAUAUGCACUGCAGUUCUUGUAUCAAGUAGAGUGGUAAUAAAGAGCGUGGCCCCGGUGUCCAAGGUGUUGCCCUAUACCUACUUCUCCAGAGACUCAGCUUCUCGUCUGCCAGGCCCCUAGUCUUUGUGGUGCUCUCCUUCCUGAUAUUCAGACAGAGAGGCCUGAUGCCUUGCCCACCACUCUCCUCUGCAUGUCCAGCUCAGUGGCUGGGGUCCUCGUUCUUUUCAGUGCUGUCACCUCCACCUGCUGCUCCUCUAGGGCUGCUGAGUUUCACAGCUCUGGGGGUGCCGUCCACAUGAUAUUCUUUCCUGGAGCUGUGACCCCCAGUGCUCCCGGGGGCUGUGCAAAGAUGGGGCCUGGCUCCUUGGUUUUUAAAGGGCUCACCAUGCUGGCACUUCUGUUCCUCAGCUCUGAGAAUCAGAGUUGCAGUCAUCACAGGGGAGGGAAUGAGGCAGGAGGCAGGUUAGUGUGAGAGAUAAUAAGACUCAAGUCUUGUGGCAAAGGAGAAGUGAGACCCGGCCCAAAGGCCCAAGGUGACCUGAGGAGCAGAGCGACAGAGGAAGGAGAAGCAGCCUGGUGCAGAGCUUUCCAGCCUGGGGAAGGAGAUGGUCCGUGGCUCACACAGGAGUCAGGAGGCUGAGUUGCAGGGCGGGGGUGGCUCAAGGAGUAUGGUGUGUGCUGGGAAUGGCAGGGAUAUUGCUGGGUUUCUUGGCAUUUAAGUACAGAUUUAGGCUCUUGAUAUCAUUCAGGGAUAUGUUCUCUGAGUUGUAAGGAGUUGUGAGGGUUCAAUGAGGAAAAUGUGUGAGUCCGUCACCUGUGAUGUGUGUUGGUUGCGUGACUGCCAUAGCUCUUGGAGGAGCACUGGUUGCCACUGUGACUUCAGCACCUGCUCCCCAGCUGGGCCAUGGCCCCUCUCCCCAGGCUCCUGUUUCUCGCCCCCAACACAGAGAAGGCAGCAGCUGAUCACAAGGCUGUUCUGCAGAUGCAGAGAAGGGUGGGCUUCCUCUGUAAAGAAUAAACACACACAUGCAGGCGCAGCUUCUGCCCUGGCUCUUUCCCUCCCAUCAGCCAGAAGCACAUUUCCCUGACCCCAAGAAUCUGGAAGUCCCGAGAUUGGUGGGUCCCCCACCAGGGAUACUGCUUUGGAAAUGCCCAAGUUUGCCCUGCCCAGUCACCUCCCUUAGCCCAAGGGUAGUGCCGCCUCCUCCAGGCAGAGAGGUUCCUGCCAGCUCUCUGCACAGGGGCAUUGGCCCCCUCACAGCUGCUGCUAGUGACUGUUACUGUGACCUGUCCUCCCUCCCUGCCAGUUGAGGAAUAGUAGCUGAGAUGCCAACCUCCAGACCAGGAGGGAGAGUUAUGUGCCCAUCUGUACUGACCUUCAACUGCCUUCAAGGUGAAUCACCGUUUUCCUGGAAGAUGCUUUGCACUUCUGGGUUUGGCCAUGACCUUCUCUACAUAGUUGCUCUCUCUCUCUCCACCCACGUUUCUGACUCUUUAGGGGCCUUAAGGACCUCAGAUCCUAGGACAGUAAAUCAAUCUUGACAUCCUAAUCUCGAGUCAGUCUUUCAGCCACAGAGGCAGUAGGGGCACGCUUCCUCCCGUUACAGAGUGGCAUCCCUUAGAUCAGUUGGCAGGAAUCCGAGCUGGCCCUCCUGUGUGCCUGGCUUGGCCACUGUGGGGGCACGAAGAGAAAGAGGCAGUCCGGUGGAGAAGAUUACAGUCUACUUGGGGAAGGUCCAACACUCAUGUAAGAGAGCAGUGACCAAGAGGUGAUCCACUGAAGCUGAAUUUAUAGACACCAGAGAACAUUGGGUAUUUAACAGGUCAGGGAUCAGGGAAGACACGUGUGGAGAAGGAGGGACUUCAGGUCACUGAGCUGAAGGAGGAAAAUGAACAGUAUGCUGAAUGAGGUAUGCAAUAGAUGCUUUGGAAGCAAGAGUUUUGUAUGCAUGUUUGAUUAUUUUUAUAUUUGCUUUCGAUGUCAUUUUUGGCUGCUAUCCCCAAUGACAAUUACAUUCGAGGCCCAGGAGGGGGUUGUGAACAAGCCAGUCAACAUCUCGGGAGGCAGGGGCUGUCCCCUUGGGGGUUGUGUGACAGAAGGUGAAUCUUUCCAGCUGAUCUGGAGUUUCAGAGUUGCAUUUGGAGCAAGCAGGACCCCAGGAGUUGGAAUGGGGAGGAUGUGAGGCAACUUGAAGAAAAGGGAGAGAGGGUGAUUCUAGAACAUUAGGGGCCACCUGCUUGGAGGACUGGCAACCAUGCUGUAAUUGAUUAGUGAUGUCUGCCACUGGCAGCAGAGGGGAUGGUAGCAGAACACAUGCCAGUCAGAAGGAGCCCAUCUACAGGGCAUGGUAUUUCACUCUGGGAUCUCUUUAUUUAAAUAUGAAGCAUCUGAAGUCCAGACUGGUGAAGUGACUUUGCCGAGGUCACACAGCUUAUUGAGGCAAAAAGAAAACACAUGUUUAAAGAAGAUGGUGAAAAUCACUUGCAGGAUAUGUCAGGAGCACUGAGCUUCCAGCUCUGGGGAACCCAGGGGGUCCCUGCCAUCAAGGACCCGCUAUCUCCUGCGGGAGAGAGGUCACUACAGGAAAUAGAAGUGAGAGCUGCAAGAGGCUGGCUCUGCUACUGUAAGUCCCCCACACAGAUGGCAAGUUCAGGGCAGAGCGAGGUGACUGCAGUUUGGGAGGCCAGAGGCGCUUCCUGGCUGAGCCAAGCUUUGACAGAUGGGGCACAUUUGGAGAGGGCAAGAGGGGAGGAAGGCCCAGUUGACCGGCCACGGUCAGAAGCGAAGGGGAUUGCGGGGAUGGGACAGGAAAGGCAUGGGGAGGAAGCACCCAAGGCUAUGGCGGCCCUGAAUAAAUGUGACUGAUCUGCUAGAAAGGAUUGUGCAAGCUCUCAGGGCAUCCUGGAAUGAGGAAGUUUCGAGUUACUUAGAACUGCAGGCUGCAGGCUGCUGGUGCCCAGAGGGAGGGACCAGUCCUCAUGUUAUCAAUGAGACCCAGGAAGGCUGAGGGACUUGCCCAGAGUCAGACAGCCCAGGUGGUUCUCCCCAGAGAGUCCCCUUGUCCCUUUGACUCCAUGAGCCCUCCACCUCUCCUCCAGACUCUCAUUACCUCCUGCCUCCUGUCUGUGGGGGCUGGAGUGCCUGGCCCCUUCUGCUUGGAGGCUGCACUGUGCAGCCUUUCCGGUUUUUGUGCCCUCUCCUUCUAGUUAAUUAAAGCUGCUCACUCUCUGUCACUCUCUCUCUGGAAAGUAGAUUGGUUUCCCCUUCCAGUUACUGAGUUCUUUCACUAUACAUUCGUUAGUUUGCCUGUUCCUGAACAUAAUUGGUUCUCUUUUGCAUCUGGGUUCUUUUAUUCCCUGUCUGCUUGUGAUAUUUAUUCAUAUUGUUGCAUGUUAUUUUACUUUGUUUGUGCUCACUGCGGUGUAAUACUCCAGUAUGUGAACAUACCACUGUUUAUUUAUCGAAUCAGCCGAUGACAGGCAUGUGGGUGUUCUCCAGUUUGGAGCUGUAAUGGCUGAUGCUGCUGUAUACGCUUUGUGUACAUGUCUUUUGGUGAGCCUCUGGGCACAUUUCUGUGUGUUUAUACCUGGGAGUGAAUUUCUGGGUCAUACGGCAUGCACACGUUCAGCUCGGGUGGAUGUGGAAGUAUCGUUUUAAAGAGUGUGACGGUGGAAACCAGAUUACAGGGAAUGGCAGCAAAGACAGCUCUCUGGACAUGCUGGGCACGGACAUCUGGGCGGCCAACACCUUCGAUUCCUUCAGUGGUGCCACCUGGGACCUGCAGCCGGAAAAGCUGGACUUCACCCAGUUCCACCGGAAAGUCCGACACACGCCCAAGCAGCCCCUGCCACACAUCGACCGCGAAGGGUGUGGCAAAGGGAAGCUGGAAGAUGGGGAUGGCAUCAACCUGAAUGACAUCGAGAAGGUCCUUCCAGCCUGGCAGGGCUACCACCCGAUGCCCCAUGAAGUGGAGAUCGCACACACCAAGAAGCUGUUCCGCAGGAGGAGAAAUGAUCGAAGGCGGCAGCAGAGACCUCCAGGGGGGAACAAGCCCCAACAGCAUGGUGACCACCAGCCAGGCAGUGCCAAACACAACAGGGACCACCAGAAAUCGUACCAGGGGGGCUCAGCGCCCCACCCCUCAGGGAGGCCCACUCACCACGGCUACAGCCAGAACCGGCGCUGGCACCAUGGCAACAUGAAGCACCCACCAGGCGACAAGGGGGAGGCAGGCGCACACCGCAAUGCCAAAGAGACCAUGACCAUCGAGAGCCCAAAACUAGAGGACACUGCAGGAGACACCGGGCACAGCGGCCUCGAGGCCCCCCGCAGCCCUGACACCCUGGCCCCAGUGGCUUCUGAGCGGCUGCCCCCACAGCAGCCAGGGGGGCCAGAGGUUGAGACAAAACGUAAAGACAGUAUUCUUCCCGAGCGCACUGGGGAGCGGCCCAAAAUUACCCUGCUCCAGUCUUCCAAAGACAGACUGCGGCGAAGGCUAAAGGAAAAGGUACCGGAUGAAGUGGCCGUGGAGACGACCACUCCCCAGCAGAACAAGAUGGACAAGCUGAUCGAGAUCCUGAACAGCAUGCGAAACAACAGCAGCGACGUGGACGCCAAGCUCACCACCUUCAUGGAGGAGGCCCAGAACUCCACCAACUCCGAGGAGAUGCUGGGCGAGAUUGUGCGCACCAUCUACCAGAAGGCCGUGUCCGACCGCAGCUUCGCCUUCACCGCCGCCAAGCUCUGUGACAAGAUGGCGCUCUUCAUGGUGGAGGGAACCAAGUUCCGGAGCCUGCUCCUCAACAUGCUGCAGAAGGACUUCACGGUGCGCGAGGAGCUGCAGCAGCAGGACGUGGAGCGCUGGCUGGGCUUCAUCACCUUCCUGUGCGAGGUCUUCGGCACCAUGCGCAGCAGCACGGGCGAGCCCUUCCGCGUGCUCGUGUGCCCCAUCUAUACCUGCCUCAGGGAGCUCUUGCAAUCUCAGGAUGUGAAGGAAGAUGCUGUCCUUUGCUGCUCUAUGGAGCUGCAGAGUACAGGCCGGCUGCUGGAGGAACAGCUGCCUGAGAUGAUGACAGAGCUCCUGGCCAGUGCGCGGGACAAGAUGCUGUGCCCCUCUGAGUCCAUGCUGACUCGGUCGCUGCUCCUAGAGGUCAUCGAGCUCCACGCUAACAGCUGGAACCCUCUGACGCCCCCCAUCACGCAGUACUACAACAGAACCAUCCAGAAACUGACAGCCUGACAGCCAGGGGGCCUGGCGGGCGGCCCGCGGGCAGCUGGGGCCCUGGUGCACAGGGCCAGAUGGACAGGCGGGAGGACAGGGGUGGCCCUGGCGGGAGAAAGAAAUGGGGAGGAGGGCAGGCAGAGUCGGUGGCCAGUCUGGAGCCAGACGGAGAAGGGAGAAAAUCCCUGAGAGGAGUGCCCCCGCACAAGCCCCCGGCCCGAGCAUGCAAGCUCACACCAAUAAGGGAAGCAUGUUUCUUUUUCCUGGUGGCCCUGGUCCUCCCCUUCCUCACUCCCGCCUCUCCCCUCCCCAUCAGACCCAUCCCCCACAGAGCUUUGUGUGAGGGAUCUCAUCGCUGUGACUCCUCGGAGACCUUGGCAGCCUCGCACGCCGGGGCACCGCUUGGGUCAGAAAGGACCUCGGAAGGCUGAAAAAGUGGGUCGGAGACGGGCUCGCAUUGUUCCCGCAUGCUGUCAGGCGCAGUCGCCAACUGGCAGCAGGCGACGUGUAGCAGAUGUCCGGGAGGACAAAGGCAGGCACGGUCCCCACCAGCCGCCCGUAAUUGACGGCCUUUGUCAGCCAUGGCAGAGCUGGCGCUCCACCUCCCAUCUCCGAGUCCUCCUCACUGCAGCCCCCCAGCCUCAGGCCUAGGGGGUCAGGCGCAGGAGGGGAGAUGGAGUUUGCAGUUCCACUUGCACUCUUUUGUUUAUUGUGUUUUAUUUUUCAAAAGUCGGUUGCUUUGAAGUCUCUUCGGUCAAUGAAAAUGCCCGCGAUGUGAUCACACAGUCAGCACUGUUGAGGAACCCCGGAUUAGUGGGAGAUCAAACCCAGCCCCCUCUAGAAGGAUUCUAGCCACAGACAGCUUGCCAGUAGCCAAUUAGGGUAAUUGGAAACUUCUGCCCCUGCAGGGGGUCCCCGCUGGAAUCCUGUGUUCCUCGCCACUGGCUUCUAGCGCCUGUUUUCUCAAAAGAGCUGAUACUGUCACCACUGGGACCAAGUUAAACCUGGUCCUGGCCCCAGGGGCCUUGUGGCAAACAGGGCACAGAACGAGACUGGCAAAUUAAAACCAAAAUUCUAGAUGGUGUCUCGCGCUCCACACACAGGUCUUACUGGGGAAAAGAACGGGAAUGGGGGCUCCCCAGGACUCGACUUUAGCUAAUGCGCUGUGUCCCUGCCCCAGCUCGGACCUAGAAGCCCAGCCCUCCCCCAGCUCUUGGGAAAGGGGUGAAUUCACUGAGUCAUGAGAGGGACAGUCAGGUGACCAGCGGGGUCGCCAGAUGGAGCUUCCCAGCUGGGAAACAAGGCUGGGGUUUCUUGGCAGGCCCUCAUCCUGGGGAGCAGGCCCUGUUAUUGACUAGAGAGGAAGGUGUGGGGUGGAACAGGCAUCCACAUAGCUCCAUCUCUGGGGGCUGGAGCACACACUUUGAUGAGCCCCCCGGAAAUGACGUCAGAGCCUAGCCACUUCCUUAUUUGCUCUUUUAUUGAGGCCGGGCAGGCCCUGGGUCACGUUGGAGGCCCCUCUUGGUCCACGUUGGACUGGCCAGGAGGUGAUAGGCAGGGGAGGUUCUCGUGAUUGAUUCUGAGUCUGAGAGUGGUGAGUGGGGAGAGGCUUCCCCAGUUCUCUCCAACUUUCCCUGCAGCUGCAACCUGCCCUCUGGUCCCAGGUGUGGAGCCUGUGCCUGUCUCCAAAAAUAGCCUGUUGGCGACAAGGUGUAGGGGGCACAAGUUUACCUGAAACAGGUCGGUGGUCUUUCCCAAGAAGCCCACGCCACUUCUGGUCCCUGGCCCCUGAACCCUGCCUUCUUCCUCCCCCCACAGUUUCGUCCCAGACUUUCCUCAAGCUCCUCCUCACUGCCCUUCCUCCCCAGCCCAGCCUGGGGACACAGAUGCGCAUGGGUAGGAGGCCUUGAGGGAGGAGCUGGCUGAUGUGGGGCUGCUCAGGGUGGGCCCAGGGGCGAGCUUGCUGUCGUGGCCAGGCAGCCUCCACCUGUGCUUCAGCGGCCCCUGCCUCCCCGAAGUGUGUGGGGUGUGUCUGCUAGGAGGAGGCAAGGCCCCCAAAGAGAGGAGAGACCUGGGAGUGGGAGCUCAGGUCAGGGAGCAGGCAGGGGAGUGGGGUCUCCUAGACCCUACGGUGAGCUCAGAGCAAGCUUCAUGCAGGACGCUCCGAAACUGUGUGGAGGGGGCUGUGUUGUGGGCACCUUGGGGCCUGACACUGCUUCCUCCGAACGGGCUCCUUGGUGGUCUGGCCACAGGGGCAGCUCCCCCUUGGCUGUUAGGACCAGAGUGUGAAGAAGUGAAAUAUAAAUAUGUAUACAUAUAUAAAUAUAUUUUUAAUUACAUGUCGUGUCACGGUGGCUCCAGAUGUACUGUUUGCCUAGUUUAUUCCACUGCUUGAAGCGCUUCCUAGCCAAUCUGAACAACACUUUAAACUGUUUUUCUAAAUGCAGGUUACUGCUCCUUUUUCAGACAUGGAAGGAAAACGUUCAGUUUAUUUUUUUUUUUUUAAGAAACAACAGUCAAGCCUAAAAUUUGAGACCCUGAGGCAGCUUCCCAAGGGAGACUACUGAGACAGGAACUGUAGAACAGAAGUGGACGCCCCACAGACCCCUGGCCCCCUCCCCAAGCCCCGUCCCCUCUCUGUGGCAUGAGGAAGGCCACGUCCGAGUUAACCUCUGAAUGUAUGUGAUGAGAGGCAGAGCUUGCGUUGCUUUCCCCUCGCCCGCGGUUCUUGGCGCAUGGAAGAGGCGGUCCAGCCAUCUGAUGUUGAUCCUGUCUCAGUCUCCCCACUGCCUGUCAGGAUGAGUUAGUCAUUGUUUUUCUCCGAGGCGGCCUGCUUGCCACAGCCCUGCUCCCCACGGCCUGGUGGCUUUGCCGAAGCUCUGGGACCGAAGCCCCAGCGAGGCUCCCGACCUCACCCAGACGAGGCCGGGAGCCCCGCCGCCCUCCCCGGGAGUGUGCACCCUCAGACCCCGUUCUGUCUGUUCGUCCUUCCUUGACCAGUCUGUAAACCUUCACUGUUUGGGGAUCGUCCUGUCCAUUCAUGUAAAUGUAAAUGUUGGCCGAGUCGGUAUUUAUUCUGAUUUUUAUUUUAUUCUAUUUUAUUUUCUCCGAGGGAUGAGGGUGGGGGGUGUGGGAAUUGUACCACGGAUCAGGCCUGGGCAGCUGUAGGGGCGGGGGCCCAGACAGCCAGGCCGCCACCACAGCAGCCCCAUGGGGUGCCCCAGACGCGGGCCUCCAAGAAGCCAAGUCCCAGUCUGUUUUCUGGCAUCAGACGCCGCCCGUGUUCCUUGUCAGACAGACUCUCAAGCCUGCCCGGGGAGUCGUGUCCGUCAGCUGCAGGGCACUGUGUUGGGAAACUGUUGGCUGGGCCUUUGAGGACGCAGAUCAGGAGAAAGACGACUUUCCUCUGUUCGGAACACUCGCAUGGAAGGGCUGGCCGCCUCCCUGAGCCGGCUGGGAGCCGGCGACGGGACCUACCUCCCCGGAGCAGGGGCCUGGGGCUUCCCCCCAAAGCUGCCGCGGAACCCCGCUAACGCGACCACCCUCCCUCCGUCGGUGUGUCCUGCUUUCCAGCUGAACCCAAACUACAAGUGGGUUUAAAAAAAUAAACACCACCA